AUGGCUAAUCGCGACGAGCUCACUCAACAAUUUAUCAACACAACGGGUAGCACCUCGGAACAGGCCCAAUUCUUUCUGGAAAUGGCUGGGUGGGAUGUCAAGGUAGCCAUCGACCAGUUUUACGAAUUCGGCAACCAAGACAACUCGGCAGCUACUCCAGGAAACGACACUACCGCCAGUGAUUUGACUGGAUCCAGCAGCAAUGCACCCGCUAGUUCUUCGCUUGCUCCACCUACAACGUCCAAAUCCUCCUCCUCCUCUGCUGGUAGAAGCAAGGUGCGUACAUUGAGCGACUUGGGUGAUGGCGACCACGAUGAAGAAUCCGACGAUGAUCGACAUCAGAAUUUCUUUGCUGGUGGUGAACGAUCGGGUAUGGUAGUGCAAGGACCCAACAAGCAAAAUGAUGUGGUGAAUCAAAUUCUCAAGAAGGCAGCAGAGGGAGGUGCUGCACCUGAGGAAGCUGAUGUCGGAGGAUCAUCCAAACCAAAGUACUUCAAGGGAACAGGAUACAAGCUUGGUAGUGAAGAGGAUCCAUCCGAGGUGAUUGCCACUGAUCAACCUGAUGAAAGCGAAACUGAAUUGGAACCGGUGACUCGAUAUUUGACCUUCUGGCGCAAUGGUUUCAGUGUAGACGAUGGCCCAUUGUUCCGAUAUGAUGAUCCUGCAAAUCAAACGAUGCUUGCUGCUAUCAACAGCGGUCGUGCACCUUUGUCAUUGCUCAAUGUACGUCAUGGUCAACCUGUGGAUGUUCGUGUCGCUCGCAAACAAGAUGAGGAUUAUGUACCACCUCCCAAAGCACCACCAAAACCAUUUGAAGGCGCUGGUCAUCGACUCGGCAGCCCCGUACCUUUAUCUGAAUCGUCCCGAUCAUCCACUCCAGGCACAUUCCCUGCUUCAUCUUCCUCUACAGCUUCGACAGAACAACCUGUAACAGUGGAUGAGUCUCAGCCAACAACACAAUUACAAAUCCGUCUCGGUGAUGGCUCCAGAUUGGUAGCAAAAUUCAACCAGACACACACUAUUGGAGACAUUAGACGUUAUAUUGAUGCGAAUCGACCCAGCGACAGAUCAUACAUAUUGCAGACAUCAUUCCCUGUGAAAGAGCUUACGGACUCGGAAGCAACUUUGAAGGAUUCCGGAUUAUUGAAUUCUGUCGUUCUCCAGCGUUAUCAAUAG